AUGCUCCUGGCAAUUUUAGGAGAUGGUGAAGCUUCCAAUGGUGGCGAAAAACGUCAUUCUAAUGGUAAGGCGAGCCAUCAAAAAGUCAACCUGAAUGACCCGAAACCGGGUAAAGAGAAUGAUUUUACUGGUGAAGGAGAACCAGAGGAAUUAUCAGAUGAUUCAGAAGUACCACGUGGCCGUACUACCAAGGAAACACCCCAGGAAGACGCUCAAGAUUCUAGCGGAUUACUAGGAUAUUUAGGGUUUGGAGCGGGAGAUACUUCACCCGAUCCUCCUCCAAAUUUAAGAGAACAAGAGGAUGUAGGUGAAAUUUAUAGAUCGAUUUCUCGUGAAGGAGAUGAAACCGGUAACUCCAGCUUUGGAAGAACGAAAUCUUCGGGUUCUCGCAGACAAAAGAGUAAAGUUGCGUUCAAUAGCGAAGAUAAGAUUGUGGGGAACUCUUGGUCUCCAUUCAGUUGGUACAACGCGGAUAAGAAGGAAAAGAGAUACAGCGAUAGCGAAGAUGAAGAUAGAGACAGGAAUACCGAGCCUGAAGCUGGAACUCCUGAAGAUGAAUCACCAGUGGAAGAUGACGUGGCAGAUACCCCGCCACCUACUGGGGAAGACACCGAACCAGUUGAAGGAACCACCACAAAAAGACAUGCAUUUAGACCAUUGUUUAACCGUAACCCUACUGGUAAGAGGUUAAAUACGUCAGCAACGGUAGCGUCUGCUAACACAGCGCUCAAGCAAAGAUUUUUUGGUAAAAACCGUUCUAAAAAGGGUAAUACUAACUCUCGGAAACAAUCGGUGUAUUGUAUUGAAGAUGAUUCGGAUCCCGACUAUUUCACUUCUAUUAGAGCCCAGCAAUUAGUUGGGUCUCUUGCUGCAGGGGCACCUGCCAUCAACAUUCUUGCCAGUUGUUUACUUGAAGAUGAGCAUGGAAUAGGAAGGGCACCUUUAUUGUUAUCAUUGUUGGGUAUUAAGGUAAGUGACACUUCGCUAAGAGUAAACACCAAAAAUCGUAAGUUUAAGAUUGAUUUAGAAUAUGGAGUGGGACAAGAAAGGCUCCAAUGGUCAGUUGAAAGAACAGCAAAAGAUCUAUUCUACCUUCAUUCAAAGUUUAAAUUAGAUAAUUGGAGAAGUGAAGUAGUAAGAAAUAAGAAUACUGAUUUACCGAAGUAUCCAAUUCCUCCACUGAUGCAACGGAAAAGAAAGAAGAGAGGUACCAAUACAGAUGUAUCAGAAUAUGGGCUUGUUCAAUCUCCUGUAGAGAAUGAAAGAGAUGGCAGAUUGGGAACCUUUCCGUCGAAUGGUGCCGCGACUGAUGCUCAUGGCUCCAACGAAAAAUCGAAUGCAACAGCAAAUGGGAAGUCAACAGCAAAUGACAAUCCUGAUUACGGAAUGAGUAAUGCUGAUGUCGAUGAAAGUGAAGAAUCGAGAAACCCCACUUACUUAUCUCCCAAUGUCGCAACCACUAAUGUAUCCAGAUCUGCAAGUGGUGCCAACAGAGGAAAUGGAGAUUCAGCAGCUGUAUCUGACCAUGAAUCGGUAAUUAGUUCUCACACGAUGCAGCAUGUUAGAUCACAUUUUUCUUCUAUUUCAUCUUUCAAUGAACAAUCACCAGAGAUUCUUAGAUCAAAAAUCCACCAAAAUCAAGAAUAUAUAAAUCAGGUUGCUCGGUAUUUGAAUGACCUUAUCAACAGUAUCGCACUUACUCCCCAACUGAAUCGUUUAUUUCAAUUUUUUGAAAUUUCUCCAAUUUCAUCUCUUCUUAGUUAUGAAACGGGAUUCCAAGGUAAACAAGGUGUUAUUCACGUAGGAGGGACAACAAAAGCACAGGGGUGGAGAGUUGGCCAUUUCAAGGCAAAUGAUUUGAAGGAAAUGAUCGAUAGAAGGUCUGAAAAAUGGUUAUUGAUCAGAAACACGUACAUUAUGUAUGUGAGUGAUAUCAAUUCAACCUUGCCAUUAGAGGUUUUUCUUGUCGAUCCUAAGUUUGCUAUUCGGUACAAACAACAAUCUCUUCAACAACAACACAAUAGAGAAGAUGAAGAGUCCGAUUAUGAUGACUCUUCUUUGGCAGCUCAAAAGGCUUAUACCAGUGAGAAAUUCACGUCACAUCAACCAAAUGUGUUUAAGCACCUCAAAAUUACGUUAGAGAAUUCAGAGAGACAGUUAGUACUCACUCCAAAAUCUCAGAAGGAACAACGAUUAUGGAUUAAGAGCUUAGAAGAAAUGAAGAAUCAAACUGUGUGGGCAGAGCCUCACAGAUUUGAUUCAUUUGCACCAGUUCGUGAUAAUUGUUUUGCGCAAUGGUUUGUAGAUGGUCGUGAUUACUUCUGGGCAGUCAGUUCAGCAUUAGAAAUGGCUAAGGAUGUAAUCUUCAUUCAUGAUUGGUGGUUAUCACCUGAACUUUAUUUGAGAAGACCGGCCAAUGGGAAUCAACAAUGGAGAAUUGACCGUAUUCUCCAACGUAAAGCCCAACAGGGGGUUAAGAUUUUUGUCAUUGUUUACAGAAAUGUAGGAACCACAGUCGCAACCGACUCAUUAUACACAAAGCAUUCGAUUCUUCUGUUGAAUGAGGAAAAUAUCCACGUCAUUCGUUCACCCAACCAACUUUUACAAAACACUUAUUUCUGGGCUCAUCAUGAGAAAUUAUGUAUUGUUGAUCAGACAGUUGCAUUUAUCGGUGGUAUUGAUUUAUGUUAUGGAAGAUAUGAUACCCCAGAUCAUGUUUUGGUUGAUGAUUCGAAACAAACCUUUGAUACUUUGUCUGAAUCAGCAAGACAGACGACCGAAGAACAUGUGAAGUUUCAAACAUUCCCCGGCAAGGAUUAUUCCAACCCUAGAGUAAAGGACUUCUUUGGAUUGGAAAAGCCAUACGAAUCAAUGUACGACAGGCAACUGAUCCCCAGAAUGCCAUGGCAUGAUGUCCACAUGGUUACACUGGGUAAGAUUGCUAGCGACUUAGCAAGACACUUUGUACAAAGAUGGAAUUACUUAUUAAGACAAAAGCGUCCUAGUAGAUUUACACCAUUGUUGACUCCACCUCCUGAUUUUACUGAUGAAGAAGUUGCAGACAUGGGUCUUGGAGGAACUUGUGAGGUUCAACUAUUAAGAUCCCUGGGUAACUGGUCAUUAGGAUUAAAGGAACCCGAGCAUAGUAUUCAAAAUGCUUAUUUGAGAUUGAUUGAAACUUCCGAACACUUGGUGUACAUUGAAAAUCAGUUUUUUGUUACAAGUUGCGUUGUCGAUGGUACCGAAAUUCGUAAUAGGAUUGGUGAUGCUUUGGUUGAUAGAAUUAUUAGAGCUCAUCAGGAAGGUACACCAUGGCGUGCAAUCAUUGUUAUUCCAUUGAUGCCAGGGUUUGAAUCACAGGUCGAUGAACCAGAAGGAAGUUCUGUUCGUGUCAUUAUGCAAUGUCAGUAUAUGAGUAUCAGUAGAGGAGCAACUUCGAUCUUUGCUAAAUUGAAAAGGGCCGGAAUUGAACCAGAUGAUUAUAUUCAAUUCUUCUCCUUACGUAAGUGGGGUAUUAUUGGACCUGAUAGAACCUUAGUGACUGAACAGUUGUAUAUUCAUGCUAAAACUAUGAUCGUUGACGAUAGAGCUGCAAUUAUUGGUAGUGCCAAUAUCAAUGAGCGUUCUAUGAGAGGUAUCCGUGAUUCUGAGAUGGCCGCAAUUGUUCGUGACAAGGAAACCAUUCAAACGACGAUGGCGGGCGAACCAUAUUUAGCUGGUAAAUUUGCUCACACUUUGCGAAUGAGAUUAAUGAGAGAACAUCUUGGUGUUAAUGUUGAUAUUCUUGAUUUAAUUGAAAGAAGGUUCAAAAAGGUUGAAAUAUAUGCUGGAACUGAGGCUGGUAUCAAGGCUGCGCCAAAGAAGUUUGCAAAACGUGAACAUACAAUAUUAAGUGCAAUGGUUGAAUUGGCAAGUAGAGAUAUUCUAGGUCAAACUGAAGGUACACGUAAUUGGAAAAAGCAUCACGGCAAGGUAGCCACCGAUGUACAAAACGAAAUUCUUGCAGUGUUAGAAGAGUGCAAUGAAGAGGAAGAAAACGACCCUAGCUUGAAACACCCAGCACCUCUUUCUUUGCCAAUUUCAUUCAACAACCGUACUGGUACUUAUGAAGCGAAUAAGGGUAUACGUGAUAAGAAGAAACAUUCAUACGAUGCUAGAGUGCAACAGAGUCAAGAACAUAAGAACGAUGUCGCUGGUCACGGACCUGAUAAGUUCAAAUCAAAAUUGGCUAGACGUGCGCGAUUGAAUAGUGCGAAAUUUUUGAGAGAGUUAGCCCACAAGGCUAUGUUAGAAAACUCCACAGGAAUCUUCUUACCACCAGCAGAAGAGGUCGAAGAAUUCUUAGCCGGAGACGACGAAGAUGAACUGGAGGAAGUUAUCACUGAACGCAAUAAGGAAAGAUGGCAAUUAUUAAAGAAAAUCAGUUACAUGCAACGAUCUGCUGCCAAGGAAAAGGAACAAAGAGAUGAAGAGCAAAAGAAGAGAUGCGAAGCAGGGUUAGGUAAAUUUGCGGAGGCUGGACAACAGAAUGGUUUUGUUGGCACAGCAGCAGCAGCUGCUGCUGCCACAUCUUCUCCACCAGUUUCGAGUGCAGCACCAUCUGCUUCAAAUGCGCCAGCGGCAGGAGUAAAUAAUUCCAGCACACCAUCUGGAACUUCUCCUACUCAACAUGUAGAAAAAUUCAUUGAUAGCGAAGAGUUAUCAAAGGUUGCACCUCCCAUUCCUGAUGAUGAUUUGGACUCUUCUGAGCAACAUGACAACAUCCCAAUUGUGUCACUUUCUGAACAAGGAGUAGUGGACCUUAUGCUGACAGUCAAUCCUAAGCAAUACGAUAACUUUAGUACCUUUGUCGAUCCAUAUGGCUUCGAAGAUCCAUUGGAUGAUGAGUUUUACGAAGAUCUUUGGUUUGAGCAUGCCAGAAGAAACACAGAAAUCUAUAGAAUGAUAUUUCAUACCCAGCCAGAUGACUAUGUAUCAACAUGGAAAGAUUAUAAGCGUUUUUCCAAAUUACAGAGCGCUUUCUUGCUAGCUCAAAAGCAGGAAGCAAAGUACAGACAAUCAAGUCGGUCACCCGAUGAUUCGAUUCAAAGAGAGGAAGAAGAAUUAAGAAGUGAAGCUUCUCUGGAAAGUCCUCUGAGACCUAGUAUUUAUCGUCAACAAAGUGUGAAAAUGGAUAACUUCCAAGAUUUGGGAAUUUUGGGCUACGCCCCUGGAGAAGCUAAGAUGGAAGUUCACAAAAAGAAAAAGGGUGGAAGAGGAAGGUUCGGAAAAGAUGUGAUUGAAGAGACUCAUAAAGAAUACGAAAAUGAAGAACAGGGAGCUGACGAAGAAGCCGACGAUUAUUCGUCAGCAUCUGAAAAUGUGGGGGAUAAAGAAACCCAAAGUACACCACCUACUGUAAAUGGUGGACCAACACCGCCACAAUUCCCAAAUAAAAAUCGAAGAAGAAGAGGUGGUACGUUUUCGGCAAGAAGAAAGGCACUCACUGGCGAUCGUAUAUAUGACAGGGAGACUGCUGAAAGGAUCUUGACGGAAAUUCAAGGCCAUCUUGUAUUUUUCCCAGCAGAUUGGUUGAUGCGCGAGUUGGAAGGUGAUAAUUGGUUUUACAAUACAGAUAGAAUCCCUCCGAUUGAAAUUUAUGAUUGA